GCUACAAGGAAAAUUCAAUACUUAUUUCAAUUCUCUUUGCCCCCAAAGACACUCAGGCUAAAAAUAUAAUUGAAAUCCAGUAAUAACCGUUGACAACACAAUACCACUUAACAAGCGUAUUAACAUUUUCUGUUUUUAACCGUCCAAUGAUAUAUAAUUGUCGUUAUUGACUUCUGGCCAGCAGACGACUCUAUUGGACCGCGCGCCAAUAGGAGGCAGGUCCAUGUUGUAGCGGUGUAUGGUAAACUGGCCGCGGCGGCUGUGGUCACAGCGAGUUGUUUGUGUAGCACUGGCGGCGGCGGAGGCUUUAUCUUGUCAACUGCUGCCACUGUCAUGUAGGAAGUCACACUGUCCACUCGAGGCCCGUCAACCCCCGUACACACAUGCGGAAUAUAUAAAACAGUAUAUCAAAUGAAAUGCAAGUGUUUUGUUGCGAUGAUGUGUUAGGAAGUUGGUUGUUGCCUGUGUUAGUGAUCAUCACUGGGCAGUUCGUCAUUUAAGUCUGGAUUUACACGUCUCACUUGUGGAUUAUAUAUUCCAGUGUGCUUCAAAUGAUUUUCUAAAAGAAUUUCACAGCUAACGAACUCCACCGAGGAUUCAAGCAGAAAGUCAUGACACACGUUCAUCAUACAAAUUAACAGUAAAGAGAAUCAACGCAAGAAAGGCUUCAAAAUGUACCCGUUGGCGUGUUUUAUGUUUAUCCUUGAUAUGGUGUAUUUGUCACAAACCGCAAAUCCAGAUUUGGUCUUCCGAAUUGACGAAGAGCUUCCCAUUAAAUCAUACGUUGGAAAUAUUUCGGAUAACAAAUCUGUAUUCAACAACAUAUCAUCCGCAGACAGACAAAAAUUAAAAUUUGGAAUCCUGGAUAAAACCGGAACUGCGGCGUCUCUGUUCGAAACAGAUGUUUCCACUGGUGUGAUGCGCGUUGCAAAACGCAUUGACAGAGAAACCGUUUGUGAUAUUUCUGAAUCUUUUUCUUGUUAUCUCGAUCUAAACAUCGCCAUUCACUCGGUUUCCCCGACUGUUAUGUUUAAUAACGUGGCGUCAGUGAGGAUUUUCAUCCGGGAUACGAACGAUAAUCAACCAACGUUUCCUGCGAGCGAGGUGCGUCUUGAAGUGUCUGAAGGGGCAAAGGUUGGAACCGUCCUGAAGAUCAGCGGCGCCGUGGACAGAGACUCGUUACCGAACAACACCAUUCAGAGAUACACCAUCACCGAGCAGCAGGGCAUGUUUUCACUGACAUCAGAGAGAAACCCUGAUGGAAGUUCGAUUGUGAAUUUAAAAUUAGAGAAGCCAUUGAACAGAGAACAGAAGAACCUGUACACGUUUCGAAUCAUAGCCUAUGAUGGCGGCUCGCCUCCCAAGACUGGCGGUCUAAACGUUAUUGUGACAAUCACAGACGAGAACGACAAUCCUCCAAAGUUCCUAAAACCUUCUUAUGAUGUAACUGUUAAAGAAGACGCGCUGCCGAAUCAUUUGGUGGUUCGUGUGUCCGCGUCUGAUCCAGAUGAGGGUGACAACGGACGAGUGACCUAUCACUUCAGCAGGAUGCAGUCUUCAAAACUACAGUCGCUCUUCUCCAUCAACUCUACAACUGGGGAAAUCAGAGUUCUGGGGAAGUUGGAAUACGAUGCCAGCAAGCCGCAUCAGUUGAUUGUUGAGGCACUUGAUGGAGGUGUCAUUCCGCUCAAAACUCAAACCGUUGUCACGGUAACGAUUCUCGAUUCUGGGAAUAAUGCCCCCAUUGUGAAUAUUAAUACUCUUUCAACAGAAAAUACAAGAACAGUAGAAUUAUCAGAAGCGGCGAGGGUUGGAUUUUUCGUGGCGUAUGUAGAUGUUGAGGAUUCAGACACGGGUAACAAUGGUGAGGUGCAGUGUGAAACACCGAGCCAGUCGUUCAAGUUGGAGAAGUUGACUGGAGGUAAAGGGUACAAAGUGCUGGUAAAACGAAAGUUGAAUCGUGAAAUGAUGGACAAGUUCAAGGUUAUUGUUUUCUGUUGGGACAAUGGCACCCCUUCACUGAACACCACGGCGUUUUUUCAAGUUGUUAUUACUGACGAAAAUGAUAACAGUCCUCGGUUUGUAAAGAAUCCGUAUACUGCUUCGGUUCCCGAAAACAGCAGUAAGGGGACCACGAUAACUCAAGUGCUGGCCGAGGAUUUAGACACUGGUGAAAACGGAAAGAUAAAAUACCAUUUGGAAUCCAGUGUAACAGCAGUUCUCCGGAUUCGACCAGAUACUGGCGUUAUUACUACUAACGGUGUCUUGGACCGAGAAUCCACACCACUCAUCAAAUUCAAAGUAUUUGCUACAGACAACGGAAUACCAAAGUUGACGGGAACAGCUGAGGUGAUAUUAACAGUUAUGGAUGUUAACGACAUAACCCCAGCGUUUAAGACAUACAUAUUUGAGUUCAAUAUCACCGAAAACCAAGAACACUACGUAUUAGUUGGCCGGGUGGAGGCAUUUGAUAACGACGAGGGAAGAAAUGGUCAGAUCGAAUAUUUCAUCGCAGAAACGCCAACUGGCAUGGUUCCCUUCACGGUGCUGUCUAACGGGACUGUCAUAGCAACAGAGAGUCUAGACAGAGAGUUAAGGAGUGCUUAUAGAUUCACCGUGCUAGCGAGAGAUAAAGGUUCACCUCCAAGGACCAAUUCUACUGAAGUGAGAAUCAACGUCCUAGAUUUAAAUGACCACGCUCCCCAGAUUCUGUUUCCAAAAUCUCCUAACCACACAAUACAUAUAACAGAUUUACCUAAGCCGAACUCAGUCAUAGGGAAGAUCGUAGCGUUUGAUCCAGAUUUUGGUGAAAACAAAACUCUGCAGUUUUUCAUAUCCAAGGGUAAUGACGAGGGCGUCUUCACCAUCGACAGAGAAAACGGGGAGACGAAGGUUUCCAAUGUGUGGAAGAUGCAACGCGAACAUGUCUAUGAGCUGAAGAUUUCUGUGCAAGACUCGGGGAACCCUCCCCGCUCGGUGGACACGAACCUGUUUGUCGAUGUCAGAAUUGCUAAUGAGACCAAGCUUGAUAUGUACGGUGAAAAGAGUGAGAAGUAUGUGGUGAUCGCUGCGACUGUUGCAGCCGCUACCUGCAUUCUGUCUAUCGUCAUUAUCGCCGCCAUAUGCUACAUUCUUAGAUCAGACAAACGAAAACCCUAUACAUCGUCGAACCGUUUCACAGAAUUCGACAAGGUGGCCAUCACGCCGGAGAAAUCGCACACAGCUGUGGCAGUUGGGAAACAGACUAACAUCGACCAGUCGAUGCAGAUUAAAUCUCAGACAGACAAAAACACUCGCGGGGAAUCUGUCUCUCAAAAACCUAUAUCCAAACCGGAUUCCGGCGGCUAUAGGAAGAAAGAAGUCAGCUUUAGUAUUGACGAAUCCGACGGUGGUCCAUCCCAAGACUUAAAAUUCAGAGAAGUGUUACGAGGCGUCCCAGAUCCAAAUGGGCCAAGAGGCAACAAGCCGAAUGAUCUGCUCUUCACUAAUCCAACCCUAUCCUAUAUUGACGACAAGGACAAGAUUCUACAUCUUGAUGACGUGCAUAGCGACACAUCAGGAGAGACAAUUCCAAGUGACAGCGGGAGGGGCGGAAGUGAAGAAGAAGUCAAUUUUCAACACAGCUCAAAUCCGCAUUUUUCGUGGGAUCCAGAACGUGUUCGUAGUAAAAACAAUUCGAGAGACAACUUCAGUGCUCCACAAACAAAGCAUAAUAAUAUACCCGUGAAACCAGAAAGACAGAACCGUGUAAGGUUUCUACACACAAACAGUUUUCAGGAGGGGCGUACGUUUAAUCCUCACCCUCCUACCAUGACACCCUCCUCCAGAUUUAGUUCCCCGGGGGUGCGGCACCCUCUGUCCGUGCAGCGGGAGUCGUGCGACCUGAUCCCCAGGAACGAUCCUGUCUUUAUCAGACAGCAUUCUAAUCAUUCUCAGGAUGAUGACGUCAGCACGACGACGUCAGGUAGCUACACUGUAAACAACGACGACUUCCUUGGAGAGAGUUUCUUGGGAAAAGACGUAAUUGUUUAAUGUUUAAAGUGGAAUAUACUGCCAAACUUCAUUAAAUCGAACUUUGAUAUGUUGAAGUGUGUAAGCGUUCCAGGCAUCACACGGAUGUUUGAGGAUAAUUCGUGGAUGAUAAAACAAUGGCAAUGAUGACGAUGAUGGCGAUGAUUCAUUAUUACGAAGGUGAAAUACCGACAGCCCAUCCAUGAAAGUUCGAGACAAAGAUGUUUGGCUCGACUUUCAAAUGUGUUUCAGUGUGUGAGAGAAUAGUUUUAUUUAUGUGCUUACCGUAUCAGAGUAACGUGGUGCUCGAACUUAAAACUGUCUUGCCAAGUUAAAUAAGAGUGGACUUAAGCCAAACACGGUUGAACUUUAACGAGUGUGUAAUAUGUUUGAUUUAUACACAACUGUAAAGACUGGUUACCUAACGUUGGUUUACAUAAUAUUGAUUAACAGAGAAAAGUAUUGAUUAAAACUUAUAAAAGGUAUUGUUGAUACUAAGACAUGCAACAAACAUCAAGUAGUCAGUAUUAAUAGGUGUAUAUAAGUUACACAAAUAAAGUCUAUACGUGUCUCUAUGCGUGCGUGCGUGCGUGCGUGUGUGCGUGCUUGUGUGUGUGUGUGUGUGAGAGAGAGAGAGUUGGAGAAUUAGAGAGAGAGAGAGAGAGAGAGAGAGAGAGAGAGAGAGAGAGAGAGAGAGAGAGAGAGAGAGAGACAGACAGAACAAGAUAGAAAGACAGAGACAGAGAUAUAAAGACAGACACAGGGUAAGAGAUAAGACGUUACUGUUAGAAAGAGACACAAAGGCAGAAAAGAUAUAGAAAGAAAAAUGAGCAAGUAAGAAUGAAAACAAAAGAGUGAAAGUAAGCUAGAAAUAUUAAGGAUAAAGUAAACAUAAACGAGACAACAUUAUCUUGCAAUAACCUAGAUUUUAUAUGUACAUGUAUUUCAAACAAUCAAUUAUCUGUUUUCCAGUUUGCAUUUGGAAGUUUGCUCUUUCUGAAAUAACAUUUUGUUUGUAACAAAGAUAACAUGGCAUUUCCUAUUUUGUUUUUACCCGAAAUUGUUGUUAUUUGUGUGUUAAUAUGAUUUUUAAAGUUUAAAAUACUGAGCUAAAUGAUCAAAACACCCGUUGGUAACAAGAGCCAAAUACGUUUAACACAGAUAUAUAACCGACACAUUCUUACAUAUGGAUAACACAUGUCUAUAGUAUGUUUGUUUGUUUGUUGUUUUUAUUUUUCUACUCAUGUAUUAAAUUAUAAUACAUUGA